AGAGGUCUGUGCUGCUCAACGCUCAAAAUGCCUGGGUUACUUAAGCUGCCACUCUUACUGCUUUAAGUGGAAAGUGCUGGACUAGGACAUAAACAUGUUCAACAGCAGACACUCCAGCCUUAGCAAAAGAGGAGGAAUAUGGGGAUUGUGCAUCCUCUUGCUUUACACCAGCCCUCUUUCCUGUUUUGCAAAUUUUAGCCAAGCAAAAGAGCUCAUCUAUAAGAUAAAGGAGGGAUUACCCAGGGGGACCUUCAUAGGGGCCAUUGGAGUAGACUUAAAUUUGGAUUUCACUGUUGAGCCCCCCUUUUUAUUCAGUCUCCCACACAAGAAGGUCAGUGAACAGUAUGUGAACCUAAAUAAUACCACCGGGGAGCUUUACACAUCUGCUACAGAGAUUGACAGGGAGACACUCUGUCCUGAGAACUCGGGGAGAAAGGGAUGUGUCCUCUCGCUGGAUGUGUUUGUGUUACCUCAGCAGUACUUUCAGCUCAUCAAAGUUAAGAUCUUAAUUGAGGACUUGAACGACAACAGGCCAAAGUUUCCCGUGGACGAGAUCUGCUUGUCUGUCCCUGAAAACGCACCCAUCAAUGCGCGUUACGCAGUGGAGCAGUCUGCAGUUGACCCGGACCUUGGUCUUCACGGAGUGCAGACCUACUGGCUGGUUAAUGACUUUGGCAUGUUCACACUGGAUGUUGAGGAGAAUGAGGGAGGUGAGCUUACACCCUUCCUCAUUGUGACACAGGCCUUGGACAGAGAGACACACGAUGAAUACAUUACAGAUAUUAUUGCAGAGGAUGGAGGGACUCCUCCUCUACUCGGCGCAGCUACUUUAAAAAUUGUCAUCACUGAUGUGAACGAUAACUGUCCCCACUUCACAGAGUCACAAAUUAAUGUCACUCUGCAUGGGAAUACCACCAAAGGGACACAUUUGGCACGUUUGCAUGCUUUUGACCCUGACCUUGGUGCUAAUGCUCAGAUCAGCUACACUUACAGUGAACGUGUGCCAAGCCACAGCAGGACCUUGUUCCAUUUGGACAGAAUCACAGGGGUGAUCAAGCUAGCAGGGAAAAUCGACACUGUCACAGCCACAUUUUGCAAACUCACCAUUCUGGCUAAUGGACCUGGCUGUAUCCCUGCUGUUGCCACUGUUACUGUCCAUAUCAUCAAAGUUGUCACUGGACCCCCUGCUAUUAUACCCCGGUACAUUGCACAAGAAAAGGAUGGAGUGGUGACAAUAAAGGAGUCUGAGCCAGCGUUUUCUCCAAUUGCUUUUUUUACUGUUAAAAACAUUGAUAUGAACCAAAGAGUGGAUUGUCAUUUGGAAGGCAGUGGUCCCUUUAGGCUUGGCCCCUAUCAGCAUUUCAAGAACGAAUACCUGCUGGAGACUACAGAGCCAUUGGACUUUGAAAAGAUACAGGAGUAUGAGCUAAUUGUUGUUGCUAGGAAUACUCGAGGGCUUGUUAUCAAGACCUUCCUCAAGUUGCAGGUUUUAGAUGAGAAUGAUAACGCACCGGUGUUUCAGCAAUCUUUGGUGGAAAUAUCUGUCGAGGAAAACAAUCCACCGAACACCUUUCUAGCCCAGCUCCAAGCCUCAGACCAGGACAGCAAAAGCCGAGGGGAAGUCAUCUACCUCCUUGGAGGUGACGCCCCUGGGAUCUUUGUUGUGGAUCGUGUGACAGGUGUCCUGACUGUGGCCACAUCACUAGACCGGGAGGAGAAAGAGACAUACCGGUUCAUAGUGAGAGCAGUGGAUCAGGGGAUACCCAGGAGGGAGUCAAUUGCAACUGUGGUGGUGACCGUGCAAGACCGCAACGACAACAGUCCACGCUUCAUCAAUAAGGACUUUACUUUCUUUGUGCCAGAGAACUUCCCAGGGUACGGUGAGAUCGGGGUCCUCUCUGUGACAGAUGCUGAUGCUGGGGAAAAUGGCUGGGUGGCCCUUUCCAUCCUCAACGGCAGCGACAUCUUCUUGAUAGACACAGGGCGAGGGACGCUGAGGGCCAAAACAUCACUGGACCGUGAGCAACAAGGGACCUACCAGUUGUGGAUUGAGGCCGUUGAUGGUGGGGAGCCCGCGCUUUCCUGUGUUACCAUGGUGACCGUGCUGUUGUUGGAUGUAAAUGACAACCCACCGAUUGUCCUCUUCCCCCAGUCCAAUCAGUCGUACAUGCUAGUGCUACCCAGUACAUUACCAGGAACAUCAAUCACAGAAGUGUACGCUGUGGAUAAGGAUACAGGCAUGAAUGCUGUGAUCGCCUAUAGUAUCAUUAAGAGAAAAGGUGGAGAGCCAGGGUCAUUUGACAUUGACCCAGAAACAGGAAAUAUCACAUUAAAGAGGGAGCUCAGCAACCGGGGCCUCUACAGCCUUCUGGUGAAGGUCAGUGAUCAUGGUCAGCCUGAACCGCUUUACUCAACAGUCAUGGUUAACUUCUUUGUCAAUGAAACAGUGAGCAAUGAGAGUUACAUCCAGAGUCUUCUGACCAGAGAGGCGGACAUAGAGAUAGAGGAGAGGCCCUGGUACAUUGGCCAGAUGACAGAGGGGCCUGAGAGGUAUGAGCUGUUCCCCUGUCAGCCUGUCCUCAUUGCUCUUUCAGUGACAUGUCUGGGGCUAUUCUUCUUGGUUGUUACACUGACAUCUUACAUAUGCUGUAAGAGGUUUAAAAAGCACAGAAAGAAAAGAUUAGAUGUGGAAAUACCUUUGAAAAUGAAGAAUGACUCAAUGCAGGUUGUGAACCGAAAGCUCAGGCAGAUCUCAAACAUCUAAUAUUCAGUUGUCAACACAUCAAAAAACCACCACUGUUUACAUGAAUGUUUACAAAACUCACUGUAAGAAGUGUAUUUCUUACAUGAAGUUGCUCUUUUUGCUUUUGUCAUAUGAAUGUUAUUACUGCAAUAUAUUGCAAUUUGACUGAUAUGCCAUGAGUCUCUGUGAUUAAAAAGGGCACACAGUACUGUACUCUGUUCUACUUUUUAUCAUAUCCAUGAACCAUGACACUUGCACAUAUGUAAAGUGUCAGAAAACCAAAGUAAGUAAUAAAUCAGUACUGGCUUCAAAAUAAUAACAGCUUUAUUACAAAGUCAUGAGAGCAACUCAUUAAAGAUUACUAAAUCUAAGGUCCUAUGUAAAUAUUGUACAAACUGUUUUACAACUUUAUAUAAAACUUUUGCAUUGGCAUGAAAAGGACAAAAGAUAGUUCAAGGCACAAUAAAUGUUUCUUUCUUAAUCUCUUCACACUGUCUGUCACAAUUACAAAUAUCAUGACAAUUUGAUUACUUUUGGAAGUUGGAUACAUCCGGAAUCUGUGUUUAUUUUUUAAAUGCAGUUUUUAACUAUCUUCAUAAAGUUACCAUACAUUUCAAAAUUUCUUACUUUAUUUAUGGUAAUACGAUUCUGUUGUAUUUGGAGAGCUCACUGUGUCAGUAUAAUUUGAUAUAUAUCAAAUUCUAUAGUUGUGUUGUAUAUAUGGUAACACACUGCACAAUUGACUCGUGAAAGCAUUGUGCAUGAUGAAUAUGACAAUUCAUUUUUGAAUC